AUUGAUGUGACUUCAUUUGUCAAAAACUGUCAUACAGACACGUGUAACUGUAAUCUUGGUGGGGACUGUGAGUGUUUAUGCACAAGCAUUGCAGCUUACUCUCACAAAUGCUGUGAGCAGGGUGUAGUAAUUCAUUGGAGAUCUCCUUCUCUCUGUCCUUAUGAUUGUGAAUAUUACAACCAAGGGGUUGGAGAGGGACCAUAUAUUUUGGCAAGCUAUGGACAGAAUGAUACUAUUAUAGGAGCCAGCCUUACUAGCAGAAAGAUAUUUCCUUUACCUAAAAUCAGUACCUAUGGAAAAGUGUUCAUUAAUUUUAUGAUAACACCAGGCCUUUUCAAAGACAAAGACUUAUCUCCAUCUCUCGUUUCCCUCGAGUCUGCUGAAAGGCCAAACUAUUUCCUGUGUGUCCAUGACAGUGAAACUAUUUAUUUAGAACAGUGGCAGGCAAGUUCAUCAUUUCGGAGAAGAGCCACAUUCUUUCACCACCAGGGCCUCUGGAUUCCAGGAUACAGUGCAUUUGAACUGCACAGCAAAAAAGGCUUUUUCAUAAUACUCACAGCAUCUGGUGUUAAAGUGUCAAAAUAUAAUGACUCCGAAGAAUUCAAACGUUCAAGUAGCUUUAGCAUUGAAGAGCUCCAUGCAUCAGUGCCUUAUAGGAGAAUGUGUGAAUGGAGAUAUGAACCUUGUGCUAGUCCAUGUGUUAGUACAUGUAGUGACCCUGAAGGAGUAACAUGUAAAUUUCUUCCACCGGUUGAAGGAUGCUUACCAUAUUGUCCUAAGAAUAUGAUACUUGAUGAGGUGACACUUAAAUGUGUUUAUCCUGAGGACUGCAUACCUGUGAUGCCUACUGAGUCAGCAGCUGGAACAAAAGCACAGAGAACAAAGCCUUUAUCUUCAACAGGUAUUCCAGCAAUUCUUGAAACAUCCGCAGUCACAUUAAAAGCAACAUCCCAUAGUGAAAGUCCUACAGCUUUCAUAACCUCACCCAUUACAACUAUAUCAGCUCCAACAAAACCGGCUUUUACUAUGGUAACUGCAAUUCCUGUCCCUAGAGAGUCUACGGUACUAAUGCCCACUUCCUUAGGGGUAACACCAUUUUCACUUGAAAUGCAAGCUACACUGCUAGGAACUGUGUCCUCUCCUACAACAUUAGCAACUUUACCUUCUGGACCAGCCUUUUUCACUACUGAAGUACCCACAAGGAUAUGGAGAACUAGAAGUCCUUCUGCAAGCCAUUCUCAGAUGUCAGCAUUAUCACCCAUGGUAUCUUCAUCCACUUCCUUAACUGAAAAAGCAUCUUUUCCAAUUCCCACAUUUUUUACAAGCCCACAAUUAACAUUAACCACACCUACUUCACCAGUAUCUACUAUGUCUGUAAGAACUGAUGCUAGCAUUGGUCAACUUAUAGUUCCAACCUCCAUUUCUGCACAGACUUCAACUUCUCAAGCUCCCAUGGCUACUUCUAGAUUUACUAGUUUUAAAGCUAGUCUUUCUCAGAUAUUCACAACUCCGUACUUAGUAGUAACUCAAGCCGCCUCCCAAACUUCUUCAACUUCAUUAAGAACUAGUUCUUUAACUAAAGUGUCUCCAGUGCCUACAUCUUUAUCUUCAGUGAGCAUUUCAAUAACUGCUCCUAAACAUAUUGCUCCAUUAAGUACAAGCAGUAUUUCUGAUGAUCUAUCUGUAAUGAGUUCAACCUCAUCUUCAGUUGCUUCUCAAAUGCCUACAGCCACGAGAACUUUGAGUCCUCUUGUAACACACAUGUCUACGUUAGUGUCUCCUUCAAUUACACCCCCCAAACCCAAAGCAACGGGAGAAGUCACGGUUGUCUCAGAGAGUCUUUAUAAAGGACCUACUACUAUUUCAGUCACUCCACAAAUCUCUGAAGUAUCUAUAACAAGUACAGGUUCGACAGAAAGUAAAUAUCCACUACAUAAAGACUCGUUUCCAGUGUCAACUAUUUCUAAAAGACCAACAGAGUCCAUUAGUUCUACAGUCUUCCCAUUAGCUACAUCACUAUUACCUAUCAAUGUCACUUCAGUUACUCAUCACAUGGCAAAAACCACAUCAAGAAUAAUGGAGCAUUCAAGUCUAUAUACAGAAUUAAAAAUGGCGCCUCUGGUACAAAGUACAAAUACUUCUCUAACUCCCAGAGAACCUUCAGGAGCUGCUCUUUCUUUUACUAGUCCAUCCAUGUUACUUACAACGUUGUUAUCCACGUCAAGACCACCUAGUUCAGAAAUCUCUGCUAUCACAUCCUUUACUACCAGUUCUUCAGUGUCUCCCACAGUAAAUAGAACAUCUGCUUUAAUAUCCCAUGUAACUGUUACCCAAACACCAGUUUUAUCCUUGCAAACACAAGAAAUCCCAAGAAGUCCAGGUACAGAACUCUCAACCUCCCCUUUAGUUAAACCUUUGUUAAGAAAUGUUUCCUCAAGCCCUUCAGCAGCACCUAAAACUGUCAUUGCAGAACCACAUUUAUUAACUCCUACAACUCCUGAAGUCACCUUGGAAAGCCAUUCUAGUAGAUUCGCUAUUACGUCUUCAGCUCCUUUUGAGACUUUCCAUAUAUCUGCUAUAUCUUUAGGAACAAAAAGCUCAACAAUGAGUCCUUCAGUGGAACGCAAAACAAUAUCUUUUGUACCAGCUGGAAUCGUCACUCAGUCCAUGAUCCCAUCAACAGAGCUGACCACAAGUACAACUGUAAAUAGUACGGUUAAAUACGCAACCUCCACUGAGUGGGUUGCAGAUGACAUAGAAAGUAGCCAGAUGCCCCAUGUGCAAAAAAAUGUAACUAAAACAAUAUCCAGAACUACUGAGAAACCUUCACUCCUGUACUUGACUUCUUCAGUUAAGACUAUUACUUUUUCAAGAAAAAGCAGCACAAUUUCAGGAGAUUCUAUUUCUCCUUCUGAACUCCCAGAAGUCUCACAGUCAGAAUGGUCCACAAUUCUACCCCAAAGAACAAUUAUACCUUACUCAAAUUUAACAGGACCUGAACAAACAGGCCCCAGUGAGUCACAAAACUUCACCAUACCAGGUUCAUCUCACUCCAGUUAUGCAAUGGCCAUGUCUUCUACUGCAGAGCCUGGGAAAACACAGACUUCUGUGACAGACACAAAAAUGAUGACAGUUACAGCUGACUAUCCUUCAUUUGGCACAAUGGUGCAUACACUGAUGCCGUCAUCAUCGUCAUCUUCUGAAUGCAUGCCAAGAUAUAUCGAACCCAUAGACAAAUGUAGCCAGUAUGUGUGUGUUAAUAUGGGAUGGAUGUUAUAUAACCUUUCGAGGAACUGCCCUAAGAAUGUGGAAAAGCCUGAUUGUGGUUUUCGAGGAAUGCCAGUUCAAGUUAACAGUGAUAGUUGUUGCCCAGAAUGGGAAUGUCCCUGUCAAUGUUCUGUACUAUCUGAAUUGAGCAUUAUUACGUUUGAUGGAAAUAACAUAGCCCUCUAUAAUGCGGCUUCCUACAUUUUAGUCAAGCUCCCAGGAGAAAUUAUUGUUGCUCAUGUUGAAAAAUGUCCCACUAAUCAGAGUGCAAAUUCAAUAAGAAAACUAGUUCCACCUGGAGGCACUUCAGGGCUUUGUUUUAAGAAAUUAAAUGUAACAACACUUACAUAUAAAGUACUUAUCGACCGUUUAGCAAGAAAGGUAGUGGUGGACUCUGUAAUUCAGCCUUUACCUUUCUCCAAACAUGGGUUCUGCAUUCAGGACACUGGUGCAAUGUACGUCAUUAAUACCCCGGCUGGCAUUAGCAUUAAGUGGGCUCACAUUACAGGCAUUAUAGAUAUACAGUAUGGAUUACAUUCUAACACUUCUACCAAGACAGAAGGACUUUGUGGCGUGUGCAAUGGAGAUCCUUUUGAUGACCUCAAGAUGCAAAAUAGAACUAUAAUUACACACAUUGAGGAAAUUGAAGCAUUUAUUAGGAGCUGGGAAAUUGAGAAAUCAGUUGAUGUAACGACCAGGAGGCCAGUAAGAAACUGUACUGAAGAUAACUGCACUUACUGUAUGGAACUGCUAAACAGAAAGGUUUUCAUUCCAUGUCACAAAAAAGUUUCACCACAGGACUUCUGUGGAAAGAUGUGGAUUAACAAUACUUACUUUUGGAACUAUGAAUGUGAUGCACUUUCUGCUUAUGUGGCUUUGUGCAACAAACAUAAUAUCUGUAUUAAGUGGAGGACACCAGAUUACUGUUCCUUGAAUUGUCCCGAUGGCAAGGAAUACCAGCCUUGUGUGCAACCCUGUGAAGCCAAAACAUGCUUGAAUAAAUGGUUCCAUGAAGAAUCUCCUUGCUUCUAUUUAAGAGAAGAUUGUGUCUGUAAAAAUGGGACCAUUCUUCAUAGAACAGACUCGGAUCUCUGUAUACCAGAAGAAAAAUGUACAUGUACAGAUAAUGAAGGACAGCCCCGUUCUGCUGGAGAGUUUUGGAAGGGAUCCAUUAAAACAUGUUGUAUGUACAGCUGCUUGGAGAAUGGAAGUGUUAUUGCUGUAGAACCUGAAUGCAGUGAAGACUCACUACCUAUUUGUGAGCGAGAGGGUGAAAUUACCAUUAAUGUCAUUCAAGAGGGGGCUUGCUGUACAAAGCAAGUUUGUGAAUGCAACAUGACUUUAUGUGAGGCUCUUAUUCCAAUCUGCAAAACUAGUGAAAAAUUAGUAAUAGGCUAUAACCCCCUUUCUUGCUGUCCGCAAUACCGAUGUGAAUGUGAUCCUUCAGCAUGUCCUAAUGCUUCCCGUCCAGACUGCAGAGAAGACCAAUUUGUUGUUGAAGCAAAACAGGAAGACCCUUGUUGUUUCCUGUAUCUCUGUGUUUGUGAAUCUUGUGUUGAGCCAGUUCCAUUAUGUAAUGAGGGAGAAAUUCUCACAGUAGAUCAAAGCACCACUCAUUAUUGUUGUCCUCACUAUCACUGUGUUUGUGAUGAGAACCUUUGUUCAAUGCCUCUUCUGAAUUGCACAGAUGACAUGAAACUUGUGAAAGAAAAUAUACCUGGGCAGUGUUGUCCUGAGUGGCACUGUGAAUGUAGCUGCGAAAACAUUACCAAACCAACUUGUAAAUUGGGAGAACUUCCAAACAUAGAUAGUAAUAUUUAUACGACUUGUGGAUGCAUGCACUACACCUGUGAAAAAGAGGAUGUAUGUGUGUUUCAAGAAGUAACUUUGUUAAAUCCUGGGCAAUUUAUGAUUCAGUAUUUGGAUGGAGAUCUUUGUUACACAGUACAGUGUUUACAAGAAAAAGAUCAUAACACAGGAUAUCAUGCUAUGGAUUUUACAGUGGUGAACUGUUCUCAGCAAUGUGAGACUCAUCAAAUAUACAUCCCUUCUUCCAGUCAUCAUACUUGUUGUGGCACUUGCCGAAAUGUGUCAUGUCCUUUUUAUUCUGCGAAUGGAACACUAGCUAUAUAUGAAGAGGGGAGCACCUGGAACUCCAACUGUACUAAAUAUGAGUGUGCAAAGACUGAUACAGGUGCAGUGAUACUGGGAUCUAGUGUUGCCUGUCCCCCCUUUAAUGAGACUGAAUGUACAAAGAAUGGAGGCACUGUACAGAUUUACAAUGAUGGCUGCUGCAAGACCUGCAAAAAAGAGGAAAGAAUUUGCCAGAAAGUGACAGUGAGAACAACUAUAAGAAAGAAUGACUGUAUAAGUCAAACUCCGAUAAAUGUGGCUUCUUGUGAUGGGAAAUGUCCCUCUGCAACAAUUUUUAAUGUCAAUAUUGAUAGCCAUUUAAGAUUCUGUAAAUGUUGUCGUGAAAAUGGAGUACGGAAUCUGACUGUGCCACUCUACUGCUCAGGAAAUGGCACUGAAAUUAUAUACGUCAUACAAGAGCCUACAGACUGUUCAUGCCACUGGAACUGAUCAUUUCCAUAUAUGUGUAUUUUCAUAUUGAAUUGAAGUUGGUUUCCUGUCACUGCAAAAAAUGUUCUAUCCAAGUGUUUCAGCCAACAUGAUUUCUUAGCAAAUUUAGUAGAAAUUGUAUAGAUAUAAUGGCAAGAAAAUUUUCAUAUAUUGGCACAUAGACACAUUUCUUCUUCAUCUCAAGGUACUAAGGUGUCAGUUAUUUACUUCAGUAACUUUAAAAAGGAAAAUUAUUAGAUUGCUUUAAAAAGAGAGAAAAAAAGAUUGGUUGUGUUGGAUCAUCUUUACCUUGCUCAGAAGUUAAUUUUUGUAAAAAAAAAUUCCUUUUAUCUUGGUGGUAGUUCCCCUAGGAAUUACAUAAUGACUAGAACCUGCUUGAAUUGAAAUCCACUGAGGCCUUAUACCCAUGUUCAAAUAAUCUGGGACAAUUCUCCCAGGCUUGUUCUCCUGGUAGACAAACUUACCCAGAGUUGCCUGAACCAACAUUUGAAUACUGAACCCUGGAAGAGCAGAGAGAUUACAGUGCUCAUGCUGUGUAGCCAGGGGGACCCUGUGCACAUAUCUUGGUGCGCUCCACAGGCUCCCUCAGUCUGCCUGGAGAAAGAAUGGCAGCAGUGCACAGAGCAGCUCAGAUUGGAGAGCCCAGAUUGCCUGCAUCUCCCUACAGCAUGUGGGAGUUGUGAAGUGGGUGUGUUCUGUUUCCUGCUCAUUUAGAGCAGCAGAGUCCAGCAAGCAACAUAUUGCAUCCAUGGCAGGGGUUGCUGGGAACAAAGCCUCCUGGGAAGCUGGAGGACUGUGCUGUGGCUUCUUUCAGAAAAGAACUUGCAUAGACAUUUGCUCUGCCAGGAGAAAAUCUCCUGGGGGUGAUUUAACCCUGGUUGUUCCCAAUUAUUUUUUUCCUGGAGUGGCCAUUUUUAUUUUGGGAGAAAAAUCCUGAAGAAACUGAAUGUCUGAGACAUGGUCUGAGUAACUUUGUGACUGACAUCGUUUUUUUUUUGUACGUUUAAAAAUCUAUGGCAUAAAUACUAAUAUACUAUUAUGCUUUAAAACUAUAGCAUUUUGCUUUUUUAAUACCCCAUAGCUUUGAUUAUUGUAAUUAGUCAGAAGGAACUAAAGGGAUCUGACUGUCACAAUUAUUAUAAAUAUCUAAAGAUUUGCUGUGGAGAGCAGGCUUAUACUUCACCUUGAUUUUUUGGUUCUUAUAAUCAAUCAGAGGAGAAAUUGGCUAUUUACUGAGCUAUUGAAGUGUCAAAUGAGAUGCCAUUAAUAUAUUUUCACUUUUGAUAAUAAAUCAAACAAUGCACCUUUUAGAUGUUUUACUUGAGUUUUAUCCUUUGUUUAAUGGACAGAAAUCUUUGUAUUCAAUAUUUUUAAAUGAACUAAAUGUCAAGAUUGUUUAAAAAAUAUUAAGGAUGGAUGCAUUGCUUUAAUCAGAGUUCUGUCAUAUGGAGUCUGGGAAAGGAUAGUUUGUGGGUGGUUUAGUAAGCAGCUAAAUUAAAUAAAAGCAUACAAUAUGUUACACAUAGUCUUGUAUUCUAAGCAGCAAAUGUAUUUUCCAUUUUCUUAGCCAUGGACUAUUUAUUGCCAUAUUAAGAAUAAAAGAUCUAACAUGUCCAGGAGUAGAUUGCCCUAUGAA